GGCGCGUCUACGGCUAUGGCGCCCGGCACGUCCCGGCGGCCCCGGCGCAGAACCCGGGCGGCGCCGCUGGCCGGAGCGCAGGCCCGCGUGGCCGAGGACUGGUGGUGGGACCGGCUGUCGCCGCGCGGCUCCGGGUGCCACCUGCUGGAGUCGGACAGCAUGCUGCUGGUGCUGCCCGGCCCGGGGCCCGCCCGCGCCCGCGUGCAAAGGCGCGCCGCCCGCCGCGCUCCGCGGCAGUCGCCCCCGGGACCGUGCGGCGCGGCCGCCAAGCCCAAGGCCAGGCUCAGACCCGACCCGGAACCCGCGCCCGAGCAGGAGCCCGACGCGGGCUGGGGUGACCGCAUACCCUUGGAAAUCCUGGUACAGAUUUUCGGGCUGCUGGUGGCGGCCGAGGGGCCCACGCCCUUUCUCGGCAGGGCUGCACGUGUAUGCCGCCGGUGGCACGAGGCUGCCUCCCAACCUGCGCUCUGGCACACCGUGACCUUGUCGCCCCCUCUAGCUGGCCGCCCUGCCAAAGGUGGGGUCAAGGCGGAGAAGAAGCUCCUUGCUUCCCUGGAGCAGCUUAUGCCCAAUAGGUUUUCACAGCUCCAGAGGCUGACCCUCAUCCACUGGAAGUCUCAGGUACACCCCGUGUUGAAGCUGGUUAGUGAGUCCUGUCCUCGGCUUACCUUCCUCAAGCUUUCAGACUGCCACAGUGUGACCACUGACACUCUGCUCAUGCUAGCCAAAUCCUGCUGCCAGCUCCACAGCCUGGACCUACAGCACUCCAUGGUGGAGUCCACAGCUGUGGUGAGCUUUUUGGAAGAGGCAGGGCCCCGAAUGCGCAAGCUGUGGCUGACCUACAGCUCCCAGACAACAGCCAUCUUGGGUGCACUGCUGGGCAGCUGCUGCCCCCAGCUCCAGGUCCUAGAGGUGAGCACUGGCAUCACCCGCAACAUCACUCCCCUCCAGCUACCUGUAGAGGCUCUGCAGAAAGGCUGCCCGCAGCUGCAGGUGCUGCGGCUGCUGAACCUGAUGUGGCUACCCAAGCCUUCUGGGAGAGGGGUAGCUCCCGGACCAGGUUUCCCCAGCCUUGAGGAGCUCUGCCUCGCCAGCUCCACCUGCAACUUUGUGAGCAACGAGGUCCUUGUUCGCCUGCUCCACGGCUCCCCCAAACUGCGCCUGCUGGAUCUUCGUGGCUGUGCCCGUAUCACGCCUGCUGGCCUACAUGAUCUGCCAUGUCAGGAGCUAGAGCAGCUUCACCUGGGCCUGUAUGGCAUCUCAGACCGGCUUACUCUAGCCAAGGAGGGCAGCCCCCUGUUGACACAGAAGUGGUACCACACCCUGCGGGAACUGGAUUUGAGUGGCCAGGGCUUCAGCGAGAAGGACCUGGAGCAGGCCCUAGCUGCCUUCUCAGGCAACCCUGGGGCCUCACAGCCGGCCCUGUGCUCCCUCAACCUCAGGGGUACCCGGGUCACACCAAGCACAGUCAGGUCAGCGCUCCCUCCCCAGGCCCUUGGAGCCAGUAUGGUUUGCUGCCCUGUCUGCCCAGGGCCCAGAGGUAGUGUGCUAUUUGGCCUCAUACCUCUGGGGGUCCAAGACAAGAGUGCAUACUGGCCAAGCCCCUGUUUGGGGUUGGCCUUGGGAAUGCCACGGGUCCUGGGCUUGGGCCUUGAUGGCUGAGGGUGGCAGGGCCAGGUAUGGUGCACAGGCAGAUGGGCUCCCUAGCCUGGUCUAGCCCUUCUGGGUCCUGGGUCUUCGGGGUAGCACCUCAACUCCCCAUGGCCUGCCCUGCCCCCACAGCUCUGUGAUCAGCAGCUGCCCAGGCCUGCUGUACCUCAACCUGGAGUCUUGCCGCUGUCUUCCCAGAGGCCUGAAGCGGGCCCACCGGG